CGAUCUAGAUGCAGACAAACGAGUAAAGAAAGCAAUCAGGGAAAUCCUGCCUGCAAUUACCCCAGCAGUAAAAGGACAGAGGAAAAGCAGAACCAGAAGCCUCUCCUCCCCCUAUGCCUUAACUACUUCAAACAAACAGAAAGACACUCCAUCCUCUCAAGUAGGGAAAAACGCUACGGCCUCAGAGGAGAUUCUUGGAUCAGCAGACAGUGUAACAGUAAAGGAUAUGGGGGAUGUCGAACUAUCCGAAAACAUGAUCGACAAUGCUACACAACCAGAUCAGGAAGUAGCACAGAAAUCCCUUGCAGAUGCAAAUCCAGAUAUUACAAUGAUUGACAGCACUGAUGAGGAGGAUGGAUACUUCCCCUCGGUAAUGAUUCCAAAAGGGGAAAACCUUUCAGAAUUCCCGAACAACCCUAAUUCGUCCAAUGCUGUACACCUGUACAUAGAUGAUGCCCGCUUUGGCAUAGCUUUGGACUGGAAA